AUGGCAGCUCUACAUUUAAAUGCUACAGAGGAAGCACUGUUCAUCAUCCUGGCUGUUUUACUAUGCAUUAUCGUCCUUUCGCUGCUUGUAAUCCUGUACCAGAAGAGAAGCUACUUUACUCGACAGCAAGAUCAGCAUGUGUGGCAUGAUUUUAUCAUGAUUGACAGCCCAGAUCAUAUGGUUGCACUGAAGAACAGCGAGAGUCUGUCGUUUGAUAGUCGACGACGAAGAUCAUCUACGCCCAUGUUGAAUCACCACCACCAAACCAACUACAACAUGCCUAAUUGCCAGUUGGCAACCACGCAUACUGAUCUUAUAGCCCAAUACAACAACACGACAAGCACAGCACUCUUACCACAAUCACCAGCGGCUGUUUACCAACAGAAGCAAUAA